UCAUCAAUCGAUAAUCAAACCAAUCAACUAACAACAACAAUCGACUCCAAAAAUACAAAAUGGCGGACAUCAUGCGUCCGCCGUACAGCGAUAUAAAGCGGCCCGACGAAAUUGUCAGAAUGACAACCGCCGAUAAUUUGAAAUUCGCCGUACUCAUCGGCCUCAUCGAGGUUGGCCAGGUGACCAAUCGGGAGGUGGUCAACACCGUGUUACAUUUGCUGGUCGGCGGUGAAUUCGAUAUGGAAUUGAAUUUUGUGAUACAGGAUGCGCAGAAUAUUAAACAUAUGCUCGAGCUGUUGGAUCAUUGUCCGCCCAAUUUGCAGGCCGAGAUCUGGAGCGUGUUUAUUGCGAUUCUGCGGAAGAGCGUUCGCAAUCUUCAGGCCUGCACAGAUGUUGGACUCAUCGAGCAUGUCCUUGUGCGUCUGCAGCGCUCCGAAACCGUUGUGGCAGACUUGCUCAUCGAGAUGUUGGGCGUUUUGGCGAGCUACAGCAUAACGGUUAAGGAGCUGAAACUGCUCUUUGGCACGAUGAAGGCCAACAAUGGCAAAUGGCCGCGUCAUUCGGCCAAAUUGUUGAAUGUGUUGCGACAAAUGCCGCAUCGCAAUGGGCCCGAUGUGUUCUUCAGUUUUCCAGGCCGCAAGGGAUCGGCAAUGGUUUUGCCACCGUUGGCCAAAUGGCCCUACGAAAAUGGAUUUACCUUUACCACCUGGUUUCGAUUGGAUCCAAUUAACUCGGUGAACAUUGAACGAGAGAAACCCUAUCUCUACUGCUUCAAGACAUCGAAGGGCGUUGGGUAUACUGCCCACUUUGUGGGCAACUGUCUCGUCCUCACAUCCAUGAAGGUCAAGGGCAAGGGCUUUCAGCAUUGUGUCAAAUAUGAAUUCCAGCCACGCAAGUGGUAUAUGAUAGCCAUAGUGUAUAUAUACAAUCGUUGGACAAAAAGCGAAAUCAAGUGCCUCGUAAAUGGACAACUGGCGUCGUCAACCGAAAUGGCCUGGUUUGUUUCCACAAACGAUCCCUUUGACAAGUGCUACAUUGGCGCCACGCCCGAACUGGAUGAGGAGCGCGUCUUUUGUGGCCAAAUGUCGGCAAUAUAUUUAUUCAGCGAGGCGCUGACAACACAACAAAUAUGCGCCAUGCACCGUUUGGGGCCCGGCUACAAGUCGCAAUUCCGUUUCGAUAACGAGUGCUAUCUGAAUCUGCCGGACAAUCACAAACGGGUGAGUCACUUUCAACUAACAGCCAGUUUGGGUGGUGCCAGCAUUGGCGAUGCUGUCAAUAGCAGCAGCAGCAGCAUCAGCAAUAGUGGCAACAACAGCAGCAACCAUCAGCAGCAACUGUUGCAGCUGCAAUUUCAAACGCUCGCCGCCGAGCAGGAAGCACGUGCAAUUGAUUGGUCCGAUGAGCGUUUAGAUUUGAAUGCCGCUUUUGUCAAGAUACGAGCGGUGCUGACGGCACGCAAUGCGGUUGCAUUGGCAACACUAACGGGUGGUGCCCUUGCAACAGCCACAGCAGCAGCAACAACAACAACAUCAGCAGCAGCAGCAGCAGCAGCAGCACCAACAAGUGCAACAACAGCAACAGCGGCCACAAACACGCCCAGCACGCCCAGCGAUAAUAAUCAAAGCGGCAACAGCGAACAGCAGCAGCAACAGUUGCCACUGUCACAGCAACAACAACAAUCGAGCCACAACCACAACAGCAACACUGCGGAUGAUCCGCUUGGCCAUUUGCCCACUGGAAAUGCUUCUUUUGACCAGCUGCGUCGCAUGUCCAGUGUGAACAGCCUGACAUCGAUGGGCGUGGCCGCCACCUCCGCAAUUACGGGCGACACUGAGGAAAUCAACCAGCUAAAAGCUGUGCUGUAUGAUGGCAAACUAUCGAAUGCCAUUGUCUUCAUGUACAAUCCAGUGGCAACCGAUGGUCAACUGUGUUUGCAAUCUUCCCCCAAAGGAAAUGUUUCAUAUUUUGUACACACGCCGCACGCGCUCAUGCUGCAGGAUGUCAAGGCUGUGGUCACUCAUUCCAUACACUGCACACUCAAUUCGAUUGGUGGCAUUCAGGUGCUGUUUCCGCUCUUCUCGCAGCUCGACAUGGCGCACGAGGGCAUUAGCGAUAUUAAACGGGAUCCAACGCUCUGCUCGAAACUGUUGGGCUUCAUCUGCGAACUAGUGGAAACAUCGCAGACGGUGCAACAGCACAUGAUACAGAAUCGUGGCUUCUUGGUGAUAUCCUUCAUGCUGCAGCGAUCGUCGCGUGAGCAUUUGACCCUGGAGGUGCUCGGCUCGUUUCUCAAUCUAACCAAAUAUCUGGUCACCUGCCUGUCGGCCAACAGUGACUUGCUGCUGAAGCAGUUCUACCAGUUGUUCUGUUUCUCGUUUCUCACGUGGCAGCUGCUCGAUCAUGUGCUCUUCAAUCCCGCCCUGUGGAUCUAUACGCCAGCGAAUGUCCAGGCGCGUCUAUACUCCUAUCUGGCCACCGAGUUCCUCAGCGAUACUCAGAUCUACAGCAAUGUGCGACGCGUUAGCACCGUUCUGCAAACGGUGCACACCCUCAAGUAUUAUUAUUGGGUCGUCAAUCCGCGUGCGAAGAGCGGCAUAAUACCAAAGGGUUUAGAUGGUCCGCGACCGGCUCAAAAGGAUAUUUUGGCCAUACGCGCCUACAUUCUGCUGUUCCUCAAGCAGCUAAUCAUGAUUGGCAAUGGCGUUAAGGAGGAUGAAUUGCAAAGCAUACUCAACUAUCUGACGACCAUGCAUGAGGACGAGAAUCUGCACGAUGUUCUGCAGAUGCUCAUCUCACUGAUGUCGGAGCACCCGAGCUCAAUGGUACCUGCCUUCGAUGUGAAGCACGGCGUCCGCAGCAUCUUCAAGCUGCUGGCGGCCGAAAGUCAAUUGAUACGCCUCCAGGCGCUCAAGCUGCUCGGCUUUUUCCUCUCGCGCAGCACACACAAGCGUAAGUACGAUGUCAUGUCGCCACACAAUUUGUACACGUUAUUAGCGGAACGUCUGCUGCUGUACGAGGAGUCCCUGUCCCUGCCCACAUACAAUGUGCUCUACGAGAUUAUGACGGAGCACAUCUCACAGCAGAUAUUGUACACACGCCAUCCAGAGCCGGAGAGUCAUUACCGCCUCGAGAAUCCCAUGAUACUGAAGGUGGUUGCCACAUUGAUACGGCAGUCGAAGCAGACGGAGUCGCUGAUCGAUGUGAAGAAGCUCUUUCUGCAGGACAUGACGCUGCUAUGCAAUAGCAAUCGGGAGAAUCGUCGCACCGUCCUCCAGAUGUCCGUGUGGCAGGAGUGGCUCAUCGCGAUGGCCUACAUCCAUCCGAAGAAUACGGAGGAGCAGAAGAUCAGCGAUAUGGUCUACUCCCUGUUCCGUAUGCUGUUGCAUCAUGCGAUCAAGCACGAGUACGGCGGCUGGCGCGUCUGGGUGGACACCCUGGCGAUCGUUCACUCCAAGGUCUCCUAUGAGGAGUUCAAGCUGCAGUUUGCCCAGAUGUAUGAGCACUACGAAAGGCAGCGCACAGACAACAUUACCGAUCCUGCCCUGCGUCAGGCGCGACCCAUUAGCACCAUCAGCGGCUGGGAGCGCGAGGAGCUGCAACAACAGCAGAAUGGUCCAGUUGCCUCACAACAACAACAGCAGCAGCAGCAGCAGCAGCAACAGUUGCCGGCGAUUAAGGGUGCUGUGUCGGUAGCCUCGCUGGAGGAUGUGCCCGCCGUGCAGGAGGAGGAAGUCGAAGAGCUGGAACUGCAUCAUCUCGAUAACGUGGAUAUGGAACUAACCGGUGAAGUCGCUGAAGUACUGGCAAACAAGGGCAGCGAAUCGUGCGGCUGUGCCACAAACGGCGAAGCAGCCGAAACGCCACCAGCUGCAGAGCAGGUAGUACAGGAACCGGAGCAGGAGCCGGAACCCGUCAAUAAAUCAGUAAUCGCAAACAUUUCCGAUGUGUACAACGAGCAAAUCAAAACGGACGAGGCAAUGCAGAGUGCCUGCAAUGGCCUCAGUUCCACGACGAGUGCCAGUUCCGAAACAGGUGGUGGCCAGACAGCGCUCAAGGAGACGCUGCAAAUAGGUGAUGAUCUCGAGGAACUGGAGCUGGCAACGGCCAAGGAUGCCCUCGAUGUGGAACAGCAUGUGAAACAGGUGCUGUUGGCAUCCGAAGCGGCACUGAAUGACUGCAAAAUGGCUGUGGAUAGUGUGCUGCAGGAGGCCGAGGAUUCCUCAUCGGUGCUGAAGGACGAGGAAAUCGAGCUGGCUGUCAAUGAGGUGGUGCAGGGUGUGCUCAACUGUGAGAAGAAGACAACGGCCCAGGACAAUGUGAGUCUGCUCAACAGCAAGAAUCUGCUCAACAAUAACAACAACAACAGCGAAGCGGAAAAGGAGAAGACCGAACAGCAAAAGGAAGUGAAUGCCAAUGAGCUGCUGACCAGUGUCAAACCAGCAACAACCACAACAACACUUGAGAAAGAGCAACAGCAGCAGCAGAAAACAGCAAAUAAUCAAAAGACUGAAGAUGCCGACAACAAGCUGAACAACAACGAGAAGCUCAACGAGGCAAACAGCAACAGCAACAGCAACAGCAGCAGCAGCAGCAGUAGCAGUCAGGAGCCAGGUGCUGGGGAUCAAGAGAUGAGCUCAUCGUUGAGCACCACAGCGGAGGAGCUGACGACAUCGAUGACAAACGCUAGUCCCUUGGACGAGACGAUGGCGACAGCGACACCAGAGACUGAGGAGGAUGUGGUUGCCACAGCGGUGCGCGAUAUUGUUGAGCAGCUCAUCGACAAGGUGAUCGAUGCAGCCGAAGCGGAAGCAAAAACCGCAAAUGCUAAUGGAAAUGCAAACGAAAGCGAAACUGAAACCAAAAUCAAAACAAUAACCAAAACCAAAACUGAAACCAAUAACAAUGAGCUACCCGCAGAGCUGCUGCAAAAGGAAGCGACGAAGCAGCUGGUGCCUGAGACAAAGACGGAAACAGAAACAAAGACAGUGGCAGUGGCAGCGGCAGUGGCAGCCACAGCAACAGAGGCAGCAUCAAAGACAACCGAGCCCCAAGAGACUCAAGCAGAUCAGGAGCAGUCGAGUGUAGCCGCUGCCGUCGCCGAGGAAAUCGUACACGAGGUUGUGGAGGCAGCUUUAGAUCUAGCCCAAGCCGCAACCGAAACCCAAAACCAAGCCGAAAGCUUAGCGGAAACGGAAACAGUUGAGAGCCAGGAGCACGUUUCUGCCAUUGUGAACGAGGUGCUCGACUCUCUGGUGACGGAGACAGUCAAGGCUGUCGAGCCGACCACGCCCACGACCAUGCGAAACGACGAGCAACCCACGACGACGACACUGGAUGAGUCCCAGAACGAGUCAAAGAACGAUUCAGCGACGCCAGCGGCAAUUGUGGUGCGCACUAAACCCACAGAGGUGGACUCCACCACGCAGACAACACCAAAGAACGAGGCGGAUGCACACAAAACUCUCGAUGAGCACCUGCUGCCCGACGGCGAUGCCGAUGAUGAUGAUGAUGAUGAGGAUGAUGCACAGGAUGCAGCCAACACGGCAGACGAUGAUGACGACGACUAUGCCACAGAACAACAACAACAGCAACAGGCAAAUGCGACAACAGCAACAACAACGACGACGACAGCAGCAACAACGGGCGAAGGCUCCGCACAGCUCGAGGGCAAUCAUUACGCUGGUGGUGCAACUGGUGGCGUUGAGGGAGGAAAGCAGCAGCGCUCAAAAUCGGGCUCGACACGCCCGAUGUUCAGUCCGGGACCGACACGUCCGCCGUUUCGCAUACCGGAGUUCAAAUGGUCGUACAUCCAUCAGCGGCUGCUGAGCGAUGUGCUCUUCUCGCUGGAGACUGAUAUACAGGUGUGGCGCAGUCACUCCACGAAAAGUGUCCUCGACUUUGUCAACUCGAGUGAGAAUGCCAUAUUUGUGGUCAACACGGUGCAUCUAAUAUCCCAAUUGGCCGAUAAUUUGAUCAUUGCCUGCGGCGGUCUUUUGCCGCUGCUCGCCAGCGCCACAUCGCCCAAUUCGGAGCUGGAUGUCCUAGAGCCGACACAGGGCAUGCCCCUCGAGGUUGCUGUCUCGUUUCUGCAGCGACUUGUUAAUAUGGCCGAUGUUUUGAUAUUUGCCACAUCGCUGAACUUUGGCGAACUGGAGGCCGAGAAGAAUAUGUCCAGUGGCGGCAUUUUGCGUCAGUGCCUGCGCUUAGUAUGCACCUGUGCCGUACGCAACUGUCUCGAGUGCAAGGAGCGUACUCGCUACAAUGUUGGCUCCUUGGCACGCGAUGUGCCCGGCGCGGCGCAUCUUCAGGCGCUCAUCCGUGGCGCUCAGGCAUCGCCAAAGAACAUUGUGGAAUCAAUCACCGGUCAAUUAUCACCCGUCAAGGAUCCAGAGAAGCUGCUGCAGGACAUGGACGUCAAUCGUUUGCGUGCCGUCAUCUAUCGCGAUGUGGAGGAAACGAAACAAGCACAAUUCCUAUCGCUGGCGAUCGUUUACUUCAUUUCGGUGCUGAUGGUAUCGAAAUAUCGCGACAUUCUGGAACCGCCCGCAGAGCCGCAAGUUCAGCGUCAAUCGCCGGUACUGCAACGUGGCAGUUCGGGGGGCAGCGGCGGUCGUCAGAUUCAGGACAGCGAUUACGAGAUUAUCGUCGUCGAUGAGAAUAAUCCCUCAGUGCUGGCGGAUAAUGAUUCCCACUCCAGUGGACCGCCAUCCAUAAAGACAACAACUGCAACAACAACAACAACAACAACAGCUACAACAACAACAACAACUGUAAAAUCCACAACAACAACAACAACAACCAAAGAUAAAAUCAAAAUUCAACAACAACCAUUGUCACCACCCAAGCCAAUGGUGCCACAAAAGUUACCAAAGAGCGUCGACUCGGAUGUGGUGUCCUUGAACAUGAACUCGACGGAGAAUGAAGUGCCCGAAGUUGAGUCCUCCAGCGAUAUACUCGCCGAUGAUCACAAGCCGAGCAACUCGAACGAUGAGAGCUGGACGGAUGUCAAUUUGAAUGAAGAUGCCGCUGUGCUGGCAGCUGCGAGCGCUGGCAUCGUUGUGGGUCUCGUCGAUGCCAGCGAUAGCAGCAAGCAUGAAUCGCAGCACGCACAACAGCAACACCAACAACAACAGCAACAGCAGCAGCAACAACAGCAACAGCAACAACAUCAGCAACAGGGCGGCAUGAUCGUUGGCACUGAGCGUGGCGAUAAGCCCGACUCGGAGAUAUCAGUAGUGCGUGUGCCCGAUAGCUAUGGUAGUGCUGCCAGUGGCAAUAGCGCUACAGUUGCCAACAGCGCACAGCAGCAGCAGCAACAGCAGCAGCAACAGCAACUGCAGCAGCAGCAGCAGCAGAGAUCGCGACCCGAUGAGCUGCCAAUGAAACCGCCGGCACUCGUUGCCCAACUGCCGCUGACGACGCCAUCGCGGGAGGCGAGUCUCACACAGAAGCUGGAGAUUGCCUUGGGUCCGGUGUGUCCGUUGCUGCGUGAAAUAAUGGUUGAUUUUGCGCCAUUCCUCUCCAAGACGCUGGUCGGCUCGCACGGCCAGGAGCUGCUGAUGGAGGGCAAGGGUCUGACCACAUUCAAGAAUUCGCACUCUGUUGUCGAGCUGGUGAUGCUGUUGUGCUCCCAGGAGUGGCAGAACAGUCUACAAAAGCAUGCCGGCCUCGCGUUCAUCGAGCUAAUCAACGAGGGUCGUCUGCUCUCUCACGCCAUGAAGGAUCACAUUGUGCGCGUCGCCAACGAGGCCGAGUUCAUUCUAAAUCGCAUGCGCGCCGAUGAUGUCCUCAAGCAUGCUGACUUUGAGUCCCAGUGCGCCCAGACUCUGCUCGAGCGACGCGAGGAGGAGCGGAUGUGUGAUCAUCUGAUAACGGCGGCCCGUCGCCGGGAUAAUGUCAUCGCCAGCCGGCUGCUGGAGAAGGUGCGCAACAUCAUGUGCAAUCGCCAUGGAGCGUGGGGUGAUGCCAAUGGAAUGUCGGCUGCUAUAACGGUAAGCGGUGGCAAGGGCACGUAUUGGAAGCUCGACGCAUGGGAGGAUGAUGCGAGGCGUCGCAAGCGUAUGGUACAGAAUCCGAGAGGCUCCUCACAUCCACAAGCAACGCUCAAGGCGGCACUUGAGAAUGGUGGACCCGAGGAUGCAAUUUUGCAGACACGCGAUGAGUUCCACACCCAGAUUGCUGUCUCACGGUCGCAUCCGUCGGCACAGCACAACGGCGAGCUGCUCGACGAUGCCGAGCUCCUAAUUGAGGAUCGAGAGCUCGACUUGGAUCUGACCGGGCCGGUGAAUAUUAGCACCAAGGCGCGCUUAAUAGCGCCGGGCCUCGUUGCGCCCGGCACCGUAUCCAUUACUAGCACCGAGAUGUUCUUUGAGGUGGACGAGGAUCAUCCAGAGUUUCACAAGAUCGACGCAGAGGUGCUCAAAUACUGCGAUCAUUUGCAUGGCAAAUGGUAUUUCUCCGAGGUGCGUGCGAUCUUCUCGCGCCGCUACCUCCUGCAGAAUGUCGCCCUGGAGAUCUUCUUGGCCAGUCGCACCUCCAUCCUGUUCGCAUUUCCCGAUCAGCACACCGUCAAGAAGGUGAUCAAGGCACUGCCACGCGUCGGCGUCGGCAUCAAGUAUGGCAUACCACAGACACGGCGUGCCUCAAUGAUGUCGCCGCGACAACUGAUGCGCAACUCGAACAUGACACAGAAAUGGCAGCGACGCGAGAUCUCCAACUUUGAGUAUCUGAUGUUUCUCAAUACGAUCGCGGGACGGACGUACAAUGAUCUAAAUCAGUAUCCCAUCUUUCCCUGGGUGCUGACCAAUUAUGAUUCCAAAGAUUUGGACCUCAGCCUGCCGUCGAAUUAUCGUGAUCUAUCGAAACCGAUCGGUGCCCUAAACCCAUCACGACGCGCCUACUUUGAGGAGCGCUACGAGAGCUGGGUCAGCGAUACAAUACCACCAUUCCACUAUGGUACACACUAUUCGACGGCCGCUUUCACCCUCAACUGGCUGGUGCGUGUCGAGCCGUUUACAACCAUGUUCCUGGCACUGCAGGGCGGUAAAUUUGAUUAUCCGGAUCGUUUGUUCUCAUCCGUUUCGCUCAGCUGGAAGAAUUGUCAGCGUGACACGUCCGAUGUGAAGGAACUGAUACCCGAAUGGUAUUUCCUGCCCGAAAUGUUCUACAAUGCAUCCGGCUAUCGGCUGGGCCAUCGUGAGGAUGGCGCCCUUGUCGAUGAUAUUGAAUUGCCACCAUGGGCCAAAAGUCCCGAGGAGUUCGUUCGCAUCAAUCGCAUGGCCCUCGAAUCGGAGUUUGUCUCCUGCCAGCUGCAUCAGUGGAUCGAUCUGAUAUUCGGUUACAAGCAGCGCGGCCCCGAAGCGAUACGGGCCACCAACGUCUUCUACUAUCUCACCUACGAGGGCAGCGUCGAUCUUGACGGUGUUCUCGAUCCGGUGAUGCGCGAUGCGGUUGAGAAUCAAAUACGCAACUUUGGCCAAACGCCCAGUCAACUACUAAUGGAACCGCAUCCGCCGCGCAGUUCAGCAAUGCAUCUGUCCCCGAUGAUGUUCAGUGCAAUGCCCGAGGAUCUAUGCCAGAUGCUCAAGUUCUAUCAGAACUCACCGGUCAUUCACAUCUCGGCGAAUACGUAUCCGCAGCUAUCGCUGCCAUCUGUGGUCACCGUCACCGCUGGCCAUCAGUUUGCCGUGAAUCGCUGGAACUGCAAUUACACCGCAUCCGUCCAGAGUCCCAGCUAUGCUGAAUCACCGCAAUCGCCGGGCUCCAAUCAGCCGCUUACCAUUGAUCCAGUCCUGGCUGUGCAUGGCACCAAUAACAAUAGCAACGCAGCCAGCCGUCGUCAUUUGGGUGACAAUUUCAGUCAAAUGCUGAAAAUACGCUCCAAUUGUUUUGUGACCACCGUCGAUAGUCGUUUUCUCAUCGCCUGCGGCUUCUGGGAUAACAGUUUUCGUGUGUUUGCCACCGAGACGGCGAAAAUCGUGCAAAUCGUCUUUGGGCAUUUUGGCGUCGUCACCUGCAUGGCCCGAUCCGAGUGUAAUAUUACGUCAGACUGUUAUAUUGCAUCCGGUUCGGCGGAUUGUACGGUAUUGUUAUGGCACUGGAAUGCCCGUACCCAGAGCAUUGUCGGUGAGGGGGAUGUGCCAACGCCGCGCGCAACUCUAACGGGACACGAGCAGGCAGUCACCUCGGUGGUCAUCAGCGCCGAACUGGGACUCGUUGUGUCCGGUUCAACGAAUGGCCCCGUUUUGAUACACACCACGUUUGGUGAUUUGCUGCGCUCGCUGGAUCCGCCCGUUGAUUUCCACUCGCCGGAAUUGAUAACGAUGUCGCGUGAGGGUUUCAUCGUUAUCAACUAUGACAAGGGCAAUGUGGCCGCCUACACCAUCAAUGGCAAAAAGUUGCGCCAUGAAACGCACAAUGACAAUCUGCAGUGCAUGCUGUUGUCGCGCGAUGGCGAAUAUCUGAUGACUGCCGGCGAUCGGGGCAUUGUCGAAGUGUGGCGCACUUUCAAUCUGGCACCGCUCUAUGCCUUCCCCGCCUGCAAUGCGGGCAUACGCUCGCUGGCGCUCACUCACGAUCAGAAAUAUCUGCUCGCUGGCCUGUCAACUGGAUCGAUAAUUGUGUUCCACAUUGAUUUCAAUCGGUGGCAUCAUGAGUAUCAGCAGCGCUACUAAGCUCCAUGCCACGUUCUACAUUCCACGCACACACACAAACGCGCGCGCGAGUGAGACAGAGACAGAGAGAGAGAGAGAGCUGACAGGCAAGUAGCAAGAGCGGCCAUCAGCAGCAACAACAAUGUACUUAAAGAAAGAGAGCGCAGAUGUUUGUUUGUUUAGUUGUUUGUAUUUUCAUUUUAUUUGAUCAUUAUCGUUAGACAUCUUACAACAAUUCUAGGCUAGUAAGCAAAACAAAACAACUAUAUUCUUAUUGUUUUCUCUUCUCUGUUUUUUUUUUUUUUUUUGUCUAGUAUUACUUAUAAAAUAGCAUAUUACCUAGUAUGUUGGUGUGAGCCAGUCAAAAAACAGCAUUUUUUUUACUAGUUAUACGGCAAGUAGAAUGUUAAGUUAACGAGAACAGAAAAACAAAGCAGAACACAACAAGCAAUCGGCUUAAGUUGAGUAGUUUUAAUAAGUAUGACAAAAAUAAAACAAUAAACAAAAGAAAAAAGAAAAAAAAAGAGUUAGUGUUUAUAAAACGCAAUAAGCAGUUAAUAAAACUUAAACAAGAAACAUCAAAUAACAUAAAAUCAAAGAAACUUAAAUAAUAAUGUAGGAAAAGUUCUCACAAAAUAGAUAAAAACAAAAAAAAAACCAAAACACAAAAAAAAAA